AAUGAGCACUCCAGAAUCUUUGAAUCCAGCUCCUCUUACUAGUUUAGGUGAUCACUCAUUCAAGAAGGUGUUUGAAGAUGAUUAUUCAACAGGAAAAUUGAAUCUUAAGUUGAAAGCAAAUACUUAGAAUUCUGGAUCAGCCAAUUACAAGGGUUGGUUAGAUAUUACAAAAAUGCAAUCUAAAUAAGAAACUAAAUUUUAAUUCCCUCUUAAAAAGUAUUUUAUAUAUAUAUAUAUCUAUUUAAGUUAUACAUUACAAAUUGCUACUAGAGAUGAUGGUGCUAAAAUUCAUGUAGAUUUUGGAUAAGUAGCCAAAUUAUCAAAUGGCAAUGUUUCUUUGUUUGCUAAUGCUAAAUUAGGAAGUUAAAAUAUUGGUAAUGCUAUUGUUAGAUUUGGUGGAGUAACAAAAUGGAAUGCUUUCAUAAAUCAUUUACGUAUUUAUUAUAUAGAUAUAUUAUUAGGUUUGGAAUAUAAUCCAUCUAAUACUAUAUUGAAUGGAUUAGCUAGAAUAUUUUGGAAGAAUAAUGAAUGGACUUUUGUUGCAGCAGAAGAUAUCUAAAUUAAUGGUGGAUUUGGAAUAAGAAGACUUGAUUUCAUUGUUGGAUAUCUAUAACCAAAUUAUGAUGUAUACUUUAGACAUCUAACUUCAAAUGCAACUAUUUCUAAACCAUUUUCAAAACUUUUAUCUGGAAAAUUAAUUUUAGAUUUUGUUUAUAGAUAAAAAUAAUAAACUUUAGGAAUAGAAAAUGAAUAUAAUCUUGAAAAAGCUAAAUUAACAACUUUAGUUGGAAUAACUACAAAAUUAAAUGGAUUAGAUGUUAAGGCAAGAAUAAAUACAUCUACAGCAAUGUUGGGAUUGAGUGGAAAGGGCAAAUUUAAUGAAAAGUUAAUUCAUAUAUUAUACUUAGAUUCAAUUGGACUUUUUCAACUGAAUUACCAUUAGGUGGAUAAUGGCCUAAAAAACAAGGAGUCUUCCCAAUUCCAGUAGGAUUUACAAUUGAUACAUCAUUAUGAAU